GGCCGCCCGCUCGGCUCUUCGGCUCGACGCCCGAACGCACCCGAACGCACCCGAACGCUGCCGCCGCCGCUGCUGCCUGCUGUUGCGGAGAUGCGGCGGGGAAGAAUCUCUAUCCAAAACCCGGUCAGGUUCCUCCUUCUUUGGUAACGCAGAAGAAACAGAGAAUCAAGUGACGCUCCUGCAGAGGCCGUGUCUAUAUGAAGGAAGGGGUUGAGGGAUCGACUGAAGAUGAGACGACUGAAUCGGAAGAAGACUUUGAAUUUAGUGAAAGAAUUGGACGCUUUCCCAAAGGUUCCAGAAAGCUACAUAGAGACUUCAACAAGCGGAGGAACAGUUUCUCUAAUAGCUUUUACAACCAUGGCUCUCUUAACCAUAAUGGAGUUUACGGUCUAUCGAGACACCUGGAUGAAAUACGAAUACGAAGUGGACAAGGAUUAUACUAGUAAAUUAAGAAUAAAUGUAGACAUCACAGUUGCAAUGAAGUGUCAACACAUUGGUGCGGACGUCCUAGAUCUGGCAGAAACGAUGGUUGCUACUGCAGAUGGAUUGGUCUACGAACCAGUGAUAUUUGAACUCAGCCCCAUGCAAAGAGAGUGGCAAAGGAUACUACAAAAUAUUCAGGCCCGGCUACAGGAAGAACACUCUCUUCAAGACAUAAUAUUCAAAAGUGCUUUUAAAAGUGCUUCAACGGCGCUUCCACCAAGGGAGGACAAUCCUGUACAUUCGGCCGAUGCCUGCAGAAUUCAUGGGCACCUCUAUGUGAAUAAAGUAGCAGGGAACUUUCACGUUACAGUGGGCAAGGCAAUUCCCCACCCGAGGGGCCACGCACAUUUGGCAGCUCUUGUGAGCCACGAAUCAUAUAAUUUCUCCCAUAGGAUAGAUCACUUAUCUUUUGGAGAGCUUAUUCCAGGCAUUAUUAAUCCUUUAGACGGCACCGAAAAGAUUGCAUCAGAUCACAAUCAGAUGUUCCAGUACUUCGUUACAGUGGUGCCGACAAAACUUCAAACGCACAAAAUUUCCGCAGAAACGCACCAGUUUGCAGUAACCGAAAGGGAACGUGUGAUCAAUCACGCAGCCGGAAGCCACGGAGUUUCUGGAAUUUUCAUGAAAUAUGAUAUCAGUUCCCUGAUGGUGACAGUGACCGAGGAACACAUGCCCUUCUGGCAGUUUAUAGUGAGACUCUGUGGUAUAGUUGGAGGAAUUUUUUCUACUACAGGCAUUUUACACAGCGUUGGAAGAUUCAUAGUGGAAAUUAUCUGUUGCCGUUUCAGACUGAAGUCUUCUAAAUCUACACCUGUUCAACUUCCAGAUAGUCAACGAAAUGACCCCGAACCUCUAGCAACCGAAGAUGCUACGCAGUAGCCCUUCUCUUCAGAAACUCUGGUCUUUCUGUCUUGACGCGAAAAGACAUUUUUAUAAGCAAAAAAGAUUGUGCAAUACGUUAAAAGACAUGGAAGGGAAAAAACGAGCCAUUUUUUUUUUCAGCAACGAAAGAAGGGGAAAGCGAUCAACUCCUCGCUGCGACUUGUUUUGUCCUUUUCAAGGAUUCGAAAAAAGUAGCCGAGAUGAUCCUUUAAUUUUAAAGUCCGACUUCCCGGAACGAGAACCGGAUUGUUGUUGGAAAAGAGAACUUGUAAUUCAGAAACUGCAAUUAAAUCGUGAAAACUAUCAACUCUACAUUCCCGGAGCACUGCAGAGUCUAUUCAUAAAUGAUAACCUUCAAAGGGAAUGUAAUUGGGAAAAGGUGUAUUUUUCAUAGGCAGCAGAGCGGGGAAAUUUUGCAAACCGAAACUCAGAAGCUGUAAAAAUUCUGUUUUUAAAAUAGGGUGCGAGGUGUGGGGGGUUUUUUUGUUUGUUUGUUUUUAAUCUCCCCCCAUGUUUUUAAAAUGUCAAGUUUUAAAAUCCCAAGAAAUGGAGAAUGAAUGCACAAGAAAGGAAAUUAAAAAUCUCGUCCUGGGAGCGUAGCAUGUA